AUGAAAUAAUUAAGAAUUUUAUUCAUUUUUACCUAAAGUAAAAUAAUCAAUUUGAUAUUUAAGAGUUUAUUUUGAUUAAGAAAGUCAAAUAGUAAAAGUAACCAAAUUAGAAAUCUAUUUGUGUCUAAUAUAAGGUAUUACUAAUAUGUCGAAUAUUAGUAGUACUUUAUAAGAGAUAAGUAAAAAAGAACAAUUGAAUAAAAUGAAAAAGAAUUUAUGAAAGCUUGA